UCCCUCUCUCUGUCUAUGUCUCUCUCCCUCCCUCCAGCGGUAGCGUGUGUUCGCGUGUGUGUGUCUUAAUAAAGUUGUUGAGGGGUGAAAUGAAAAGAGGUCCGGUUUGCAGGCGGCUGUUUCUCAGCCGUGUCAAUGUAUUGUAGCCGACGGUUUAUUGGCACUUAAAUGUCUUUAUCGUCAUUCCACCAUCAGCAGUGACUUGGAUAUUUGUUGUGAGUUAUUAUGUCAGAGGGGCAAUAUGCAGACACCAUGCAGGACCUGUUCAUUGAGGAGACUGAUGAAGUGUACAGAAACCCCACUGAAGUCAAGAUGAGUCAGAUUGUGCUACCAUGCCACGCCAAUCACUGUGGCGAGCUGAGUGUCGGUCAGCUACUGAAGUGGAUGGACUCCACUGCCUGCUUGUCAGCUGAGAGACAUGCAGGUUGUUCCUGUAUCACCGCAUCUGUUGACGACAUCCAUUUUGAACACACCAUAGGGGUGGGACAAGUAGUCAACAUCAUAGCAAAGGUCAACAGAGCCUUCACAUCCAGUAUGGAGGUGGGUAUAUUAGUGAAUUGUGAGGACCUUUACACCGACAGGCAGUGGAAGGUUUGCCAUGCCUUUGCUACUUUUGUCGCAAGACGAACUGAAGCUGGGAAGGUGCAGCUGAAGCAGGUGCUUCCUCACACACAAUUGGAGCAGAUGGAGUACAGCCUGGCAGCGGAGCGGAGGAGGAUGAGGCUCAUCCAUGCCGAGAUCAUUACAGACCUACUGAGCAGUAGCACAGCUCAACUGGGAGAAUGCCAGGAGUACCAGGACGCUGUGCCCGCUGAGCGGACACGGGUGGAGAGUGUGGAGCUGGUGCUACCGCCGCAUGCCAACCACCAAGUCAGCACCUUUGGGGGCCAGAUCAUGGCCUGGAUGGAGAAUGUGGCUACCAUUGCAGCAAGUCGCUUGUGUCACGCUCACCCAACCUUGAGGAGCAUAGACAUGUUCCAUUUCCAUGGCCCGUCUCACAUUGGUGACAGACUGGUACUGAAAGCAAUUGUAAACAAUUCCUUCAAGCACAGCAUGGAGGUAGGAGUGUGUGCUGAGGCCUACAAGGGUGGAGAACCUCUGCGCCAUAUAAAUAGUGCCUUUAUGACCUUUGAGGUUCUGGACAGUGACAGGAAGCCAUGCGUGCUGCCACGGAUACGACCUGAGCCUGUGGAUGGAAAAAGACGAUAUCUGGAAGCUGUUGCCAGGAAGAAGAUUCGUCUUGAUAGGAAAUACAUAAUCUCCUGCAAGCAAACUGAAGUGCCUCUCUCUGUGCCCUGGGAUCCAAGUAACCAGAUGUACCUGAGCUACAAUAAUGUAUCAGCACUGAAACUAAUGGAUGCCAGGAACAACUGGGUAUUAACUUUUGAGAAAAACAAGGUCAGACUGUACACACUGGAGGAAAACCACAUGCUGUGUUUCAAGGUGGAGAUGCACGUCAGCGUACCGGCAGAGCAGACGUUCCACCUACUGUCAGACCUGAGCAGGAGAAAGGAGUGGGACCGACACUAUAAGGAGUGUGAGGUGAUCAACCAAGCAGACGAGGAUGACACCCUUUAUCGUGUGGUUACACCAUCUGUCACUAAAGGUGGCAAAGGCCAGGACUUUAUCUUGCUGGCAUCCAGAAGAAAGCCAUGUGACGCCAGGGACCCAUAUCUGAUCGCUUUGCGUUCUGUCACUUUGCCCACUCACCCUCCCACUGAGGACUCCAACAGGGGAGAGGUGCUUUCUGCUGGCUUCACAAUCUGGGAAGAGUCCAGCACUGUUACCAAGAUCACCUACUACAACCAGGCCACUCCAGGUAUCCUCCCCUACAUCUCCACAGACAUUGCUGGCCUCUCGUCCAGCUUUUCCAGCACGUUUUCUGCUUGUAGUCACUUCCUGGAGGCCAACAAGGACAGCCUGGCUGCUCUGCCACACUCUGCACAGUGACACCACAGUGCUGCCAUGGUCUCCCUACCAGAGGACCAGUAGCAACGGUAGGAAGGAUUCAGAUCACUAUCUUCAUCCCAUUUCACCUCUGUUGUGGAUGUGCUGUACUUUAAGAGCCCAUAGUUGAAUGUAAGUAGCCCACUCUGAGAUUACAAUUGUUUUUGCAAUGGAUUUGUUAGUUUCUUUCACGUAUUUAAAGCUCAGUUGUCACUGUAUAACUUUGUUAAUUCUGGGCGAAUUUCUCUUUUAUAAGGGUGAAAAUAUAAAGAACUUGCUACUUUUUUUCCAGCAAGAUUAAUAGGAAUGAAGCAAGACUGCACAAUGUUUCUCUUGGAUUUUAAGCCUGUUACGUUUUAUUAGAGCUAAUAUAUUGUGAAACACUGUAUGCUAGUUUAUGGAUCAAUGAAUUAUAUUUUGGUACCUUAGCAAUCUAUUAUCCUUAGACAGCCAUGUUUUUAAUGGUAUUGCCAGUCUUUAGUCUCAGCUGAGAUGUUUCAAUCAACCUCUUAAAAUUAAAGUUUCUACCUCCUAAAUAAAGUUUUUAAGCUAUUUGAUGAAGACUUUAACUAUGAGUAAGCCAGGAUGUACAAAUUCUGUGUAAUGUUGCUGUUUUAUUUUGAGACAAUGUAUGGUUUUAGAGUACAGCUCUUGCACUGAUUGUAUGAUAAGUUGAUAUUCAGUGGCCAAGUAUCUCACAUGUCGAGCUGUCUUGAUUUGAACUGAAACAAUAAAGACAACAGACCAGUGGA